AAAGAAGAAGAAGAGAAGAGAACCGCAAGUGUGAGAGUGAACGGGGAGGAGAAAAGAAGAAGAAGAAAAAACCCGGGUUCAAACCGAAUCAGAAACAACAACAACACAACGAUGUCGUCUCCGUUCCACCGUCGAUCUCAAUCGGAGGUACAUUUCCGAAUCCCCGACGACUUCGACCUUGAAAUGGAUCCCUUCGACUUCGACGCUUCCCCGCUCCAUUUCCAAGAUCCACAACCACACGACGAUCUCCUCUCUUCCUACAUUGAUUCCGAGAAUUCCGGAUCCAAACUCAAUUCUCCUCCUGCCAAUGGAGACACCGGCAGGCCCGGUCACCGCCGUAGCAACUCCGCCGAUACAUCUUCUUCUAUGUUAUCGGAAGGAAUCGAAUCUAAGAAGGCUAUGUCCCCUGAUAAACUCGCCCAAUUGUGGACCGUUGAUCCCAAACGAGCCAAGAGGAUUCUGGCGAAUCGUCAAUCUGCUGCACGUUCGAAAGAGAGGAAAGCUUGUUAUGUUGUUGAGCUUGAGAGAAAAAUCCAUACUCUUCAAACUGAAGCAACAACUCUUUCUGCUCAAUUAAAUCUUUUUCAGAGAGAUACAAGUGGUCUGUCUAGUGAAAAUACCGAGCUGAAGCUUAGGUUACAAGGCAUGGAGCAACAAGCUAAGUUAUGUGAUGCUCUAAAUGAAGCUUUGAAGAAUGAAGUUGAUAGGCUGAAGGUUGCUACUGGAGAGGUAACAACCCAUGCUGAUACAUAUGGUUUGGGAAUGCAUCAACUUUCAUAUUCUCAAGCUUCACCCUUCCUGCACCAGCCACAACCCAUGUUGAUACAUAUGGUUUGUUCAUAAAUUUGUGUAAUUAAUGUGUACAUUUGUAGUAUAUGUUAUGACUUGUAAAUGUGUACAUAAAU